AUGACCCCUUCCACUUCUUAUAAAAGGGGAAGCCCCGUUAGGGUUCUGCCACAAGAGAGACAACAAGCGAAGCCUUACCAGAGCAGAACCCCGCCGCCGCCUCUCGUAACCGCAGCCCCGCCUCCGCCGAAGCCAGCCGCCGCCCACCGGCCGCGAAGCCCGAGCUGCUGCACCCGAGCACCUAGCCGUCGCCUCCUUGAUUCGGUUUCAUGCAAGCAACUGAGAUCUGAACCACAAGGAUCACCGGGCCAGGACCGUUACAAUUGGUAUCAGAGCCGGUUAAAACAACCCGGUGCUGUCCCGGGUGGCACCACUCGGACCGAAACUCCUAGCUUACUCGGUAGGCAAACGAACUUGAGUAGAACAAAGCCUAAUACUCCUUCGCUUGUCAACAGGAUGCCUCCCAAGAAUGCAAGAGUUGCAAGGGCAGCCGCGACCGAACGAGCAGCACGACGGGUCACUAGGUCUACGACUCAAGCCUCCAGCGAGACAGAAAGUCGGAGUAUGGCUGCACCUGUGAAUGAGAACCCAGCAGAAGGACCAAACGUAGUGAAUGCAGCGAUCCUGGCGGAACUGCAAAGGUACCGAGACGCCUAUAGGGGACAACUACCCAAUGGUGAAGCCGCAGCAGGGGCAGGCCAGAAUCUGCCACCACUGCCACCACCACCCUCGGCGGCGCCUGCAGUGGUGCAUGCCUCAGGCCCCAACUAUUGGGACAUGAUGAGGCACAUGAAGAAUAUGCAGAUGGAGUUUUUCAACGGAAAGGCCGAUGAAAUUGCCGUGAAUAAUUGGAGGAGCUAA